AUGUCUCAUUUUUCUGAUCGAUGCAAAACAGAUCCUGAUGAAGAUAGUGAGAUAAAACGUAAAAGAAAAUAGGUUUAACAAUUUAUCUAAAAUUCAAAAGAGGAAUAGAAAAAAAUGGCAUUUCUUUUUAAAAAAGACUUAGAUUUAUAAAGUUAGAAAAUAAAAGAAAGAAUUCAAAAAAGAAAUUUCAAAAAACCUAUUGCUAAAUCUUCAAGUUGUGGUGUCUAUAUGUCAAGCAAUCCUAUUAGUGAGUCUUAGUCAUUGGCUGAUACUGAAGAUUAUUAAGAGACUUUAUAUGAAGAUGCUUUAUUGGAAUUAGAUAACCAAAGAGAUGAAAAAAUCUAUAGAAUAGUUUAACAUUAUAACAAUUAAAUAAAUAAUCUAAGAAUGAUAGAUUAUACUGAAGAAACUCUACAACAAAUGUUACUUUAUGAAAAAAAAAAAUGGGAAGAAAUCUAAAAUAUAUAAGAAUAAUAUGAAUUAAUAAAGAGUAAUUAAUUAAAUCAAUGA